GAGUCUUUUAGUGCCACUUGUCGUAGAAAGGGAGCUCUGGUGGAUAGAGAUAGAGAGCUCUAACCAGAGACUAUCUCUGAGAGAGAGAGAGAGAGAGAGAGAGGGACUGUGUUAUUGUUCUUGUUCUUGUUGGGAAGCCAUGGCAACGAUGGCGUACGCAGGCACAUCUACGAUGGCGGUAGCGGUGUUGGGUUCCCGUCUUCCCUCGACCAGGAAGUGUUCACGCUGCUCCGCUCUGCCUUCUCUACCACCUCGCCCCACCACUCUCUCAUCUUCCAUCUCUUUCAAACACUUCCCAGAGGCACAGAGGUUUUCUUUGCAUCAGAUCAGAGCCUCUUCCACAGAAGAGAGCACCAUUGAGGUUGGAGAAGUGUUCGAAGACUUGAAAGGAAAGUGGGAUGCACUCGAAAAUAAGUCCACUGUACUUCUCUAUGGAGGUGGGGCGAUAGUUGCGGUUUGGUUAUCUUCAAUUGUGGUUGGCGCCAUCAACUCAGUUCCUUUGCUUCCAAAGAUCAUGGAGUUAGUAGGGCUUGGAUACACUGGAUGGUUUGUCUACCGGUACCUUCUUUUCAAGUCUAGCAGAAAAGAACUAGCUUCAGAUAUUGAAGCAUUGAAGAAGAAGAUUGCUGGAACCGAGUAGAGCUGCAACUGGAUGACAAGUUUAUUUUGCAUUCUGUUUGGCCAUUGAUUAUUCUGUGUUUUUUCUAGGAGUUAUAUACAUAAAAAGAACCUGAAUUCUGUACUGUACACACUACUCUCUCCUUACUCUCCUCCCCCCCCCACAACAACCUCCCCUCCGCAUCUUGUAUCAAUCAACUUGUUCCAUGGUAUUAAGACAAUUAUUUUCUUUUGGAAAUAA